AUGCCAAUAUGGUUAACAAAAACGAUUUCUUAUUGGAACAAACAUAUUUUAUUAGAACAAUCUAAAAAGAUGGAUGAACCAAAUCAAAAUGAAGAUAAUAAUGUUCAUGAAAUUUGUGAAUUUGAAAUUGAUCAUUUAAACCCUGAUACAGCAUGCAAAUUGGACUGCUUUAACAUAGAAAAUGAAACCCCUGAAUUAGCUGAUAUAAUCAAAUCUACUAGGAUUAUUCAUGUAGACACCCCUCCUUUAAAAGGCAGCCCAAAUAUGGUUGAAUCUCAUAAGGAAGCUCGUAAAGCCUCUCGCCGAAAAUUGAUAGCACACUUAAAUAAUUGUCAAGGUAUUUACCAUCCGAGUAAUUUACACACUUUCGAGGAGCGGGUGUCGGACUAUUUACCUGAGGAGGUAAAGAUGAAAAGAAAAUUAGAGAAGGCAGAAAGACAGAUGAAAGAGGCAGAAAGACAGAUGAAAGAGGCAGAAAGACGGAGGGAAGAGACAGAUAGAAAAGUUGAUGAAUUAAUGAAGAAAAGAGAAUCUGGACCAAGUGCUAUACUUUCUGCAAUAGGGGCUGCUAUUGGGGGAUUAGCUGCGGGGCCUACUGGUGCGGUUAUAGGGGCAAGUCUUGGUGCUGCCUUGGGACAGCAGUUAUAA